AUGAUUUCUUUAUCGCUUCCUUCCGACUCCUUUUCUUUUCUCUACCUAUCUCUGUUCAUCAUUUCGUCACUCUCUCUGGUCUUUUUUCGCUCUCUCUCUCUCUCUCUUUCUCUUUUUUUCUUUUACUGCACCCUAUUCUCUAUUUUCAUUCUUUCUUUCCCUUCUUUCUUUUCCAUUUACAAAAUCUGUUUGUCUCUUUUCAAUUUCUUUCUUUCUUUCUUUCUUUCUUUCUUUCUCUUGUCUGUCUUUUCUCUCACCCUCUCUCUCCUCUCUCUCUUUCCUUUCCUAGUAACUCCUACCUUCUUCUCUCUUUCACUGUUUCUUCCUUUCUCUCUCUCUCUCUCAUCAAAUUUUCAUCCCGCCCCGAUACUAUCUCUCGACUGUCGAUUAUAUGUUCCUUUUUUCCAUAUCUCUUUCACCUACUAUUUAUUUCUUGCUGUCUUUCAUUCACUACCUCUUUCUCCUCUCUUAAAAGAUGUUUACUCUCAAUUUCAAUCCAUACUCUUUCUGUAUAUCUAUCUAUCUAUCUAUCUAUCUAUCCUCUCUAUCUGUCUGUCUCUGCCUAUAUCUAUCUAUCUAUGUCUGUAUAUAUCUAUCUAUCUAUCUAUCUAUCUUCUGUCUGUCUGUCUGUCUACAGAUUGCAGCCUCUCUGAGAUACCCCCAUGA